AUGAAAUGCAAGGCAUUCGAAAAGAAAAUUGAUACGUCAUUACGAAAGGAUGCUAUUGAGCUUGCUAAUGGUGCUGAAUGGGGAGGACAGAUAAUGUCCAUUGAUGACGAAUAUCGAUGGGCAGGCACGAAGGAUCCUAAAAUUGUUAUCACUACAAGUCGUGAACCAUCCAGCAAGUUGAAAGUUUUCGUAAAAGAGAUGAAAUUAGUUUUCCCUAAUGCUCAGCGCUUAAACAGAGGUCACUACGAUGUUAAACAGCUGGUACAGGCUUGUCGAGCAAACGACGUGACUGACUUCAUAAUGUUAACUGAGACUCGUGGAAAUCCUGAUGGCAUGGUCGUCUGUCAUCUACCAUUUGGACCAACAGCCUAUUUCACCAUGUCUAAUGUCGUGAUGCGUCACGACAUUCCAGAUCGAGAACCCAUGAGUGAACAGUAUCCUCACCUUAUUUUUCACAAUUUAGGCAGCAGGCUAGGACAAAGGUGUGGAAGCGGUUGUGCAGAGUUGGAGUACACUACAGAAGUUUUCUGGUCGAAGGAAUCUCAAAAUGAAUCAUUUCAGUUCACUUCCAUUCUCAAAUACCUAUUCCCAGUGCCAAAGGAAAGCUCUAAAAGAGUAAUCACUUUUGCUAACACCGAUGAUUUCAUCUCAUUUCGGCACCACACAUAUUCGAUAGCCCAAGGUGGAGAAAUCGAGCUGAAAGAAGCUGGACCUCGUUUCGAGUUACGACCGUAUGCAAUCAAAUUGGGAACAUUGGAGAAUAUAGCGGCGGCAGAAGAUGAAUGGGUGUUACGAUCGUUCAUGAACACCUCAAGAAAAAGGCAAUUGUUAAGCAACAAAGAAGAUGAGAGCGGAGAUGAGGACUGA